AUGCUCAUGGACGACCGAUGGACGCGGUUCAUCUGCUCGGGGACGGCGACGACGGAUGGACGGGAAAGAGGAAGGAUGGAGGCGGCUGCGCGAGGCGAUGAGAUGAGGACGAGAUCUGGGCGAGGCGGCUGCGCGAGGUGGCUGCGCGAGGAAGGAUCUGCAUGGCGGCGGCCGGCGAGGAAAGGAGGAAGGCGGCGGCCGUGA